CUAUUUUGCACUUAUUAUAUACGCAUUUUUAAAUAUCAAUGAGACCCCUCAAUAUCUGCAUGGUUUCGGACUUUUUCUACCCUGGAAUGGGCGGAGUAGAGAGCCACUUGUACAACAACUCACAGUGCUUGAUGCAGCGCGGACACAAGGUAGUAAUAAUAACGCAUGCCUACAGCAACCGGCGUGGUGUCCGGUACCUCGCAGGCGGCCUCAAAGUCAACGCAUCGCUCCCAACCUUUUUCUGCACAUUCCCCAUUUUCCGGCAGAUAUUCAUUCGCGAGCAAAUCUCAAUCGUGCAUGGUCACCAAGCCUUUUCGACAUUCUGCCACGAAGCCAUCCUGCAUGCGAGAUCUAUGGGGUUGAAAACAGUGUUUACAGACCACUCUCUUCUGGGGUUUGGCGAUACGUCAGGGAUCCUGCUGAACAAGCUGUUGAAAUUCACAUUGUCAGACGUGCACCACGCCAUUUGCGUCUCCCACACAAGCAAGGAGAAUACAGUCUUGAGGGCAGCACUGGACCCAGGGCAGGUAAGCGUGAUUCCGAACGCCAUUAUUGCCGAGCAAUUUGUGCCUGAUCCCGGAGCGAGGGAUCCAAAAUGGACGACCGUGGUGGUGUUGAGCCGGCUGGUGUACCGCAAGGGCAUCGACCUGCUAGUGGCAGCAGUGCCGCGGAUAUGCGCGCACUGCCCUCGUGUGCGCUUCAUAAUCGGCGGCGACGGGCCCAAGCGUAUCAACCUGGAGCAGAUGCGCGAACAGCAUAUGCUGCAGGACCGCGUGGAGCUUCUGGGAUCUGUGAAGGCCAGCGAUGUGCGCAGCGUGCUCGUGCGCGGCGAUAUAUUCCUCAACACCAGUCUGACCGAAGCCUUCUGCAUUGCCAUUGUCGAGGCGGCGGCGUUGGGCGGCAUCCCCGAGGUGCUGCCGCGGAGCAUGGUCAGAUUUGCGGCGCCCGAAGAGGACGAGGUUGUUGAGGCAUUGCGACUGGCUGUGGAGCAGGCCAAAGAGCGCGAGAGGGGCGCCGAGGCGCGGUUCCACGGGCUGGUGAAGAAGAUGUACUCGUGGCACAACGUUGCUGAGCGCACCGAACGGGUUUAUUUGAAGGUCGUGGAUGCUGAGGAGCCGCCGCUGAUCGAGAGGUUUCGCAGGUACUAUGGCUGUGGCUGGGGGUUCUCGAAGGAGCGGUACCAGGAGGAGAUACGGAACCUUUAAGCUUUUGACUAUUUUAAAAUCGACCAACGCAUAGAACACGUUUUGGCCCUUGGCGGCGAUCGGAUCACGUGUACAUUCCUCGGCACGAAAGUUUAAAAAACUGGCACGGCGCCAGAUGCAACCUCUUUGUGCUUUGUGCUACUUUUUAUUUGCUGGACAACACAGGGGCGGAAGGCUUGGCAGGACCAUCUUUGUUGCCUUUUUGGAUCUUUUGUGGAAAGAAUUCCUUUGAAAGUCAUAUGACGUAUGUCCGCCUAUUGUGAUUGGCUGCAGUUAUUACUUAGGCGGUAGCAAGGCGGGGAUGAAGGUCAUGUCACGGCCCUGGAGGGCUAUCAAGCGCACGCAUGGAUGGUUGAAAACAAACACUUCGUGCAAAUUACUACACUCACCC